AUGCCCAAGAAGUUCCAGGGCGAGAACACCAAGUCAGCAGCAGCCCGGGCACGGAGGGCUGAGGCUAAGGCGGCGGCCGAUGCCCGGAAGCACAAGGAGCUGGAGGAUGCCUACUGGAAGGAUGAGGACAAACACGUCAUGAGGAAGGAGCAGCGCAAGGAGGAGAAGGAGAAGCGGCGCCUGGAGCAGCUGGAGCGCAAAAAGGAGACCCAGCGCUUGCUGGAGGAGGAGGACUCCAAGCUCAAGAACAGCAAGGCCCCCCGGGUAGCUGUGCCAAGCAAAGUCACCCGUGCCCAGAUUGAGGAGACGCUCCGCAGAGACCAUCAGCACAAGGAAGCCCAAGAAUCAGCCGAGAAAGCCAAGAGCCACCUAGAGGUGCCCCUGGAGGAAAACGUGAACCGCCGAGUGCUGGAGGAGGGCAGCUUGGAGGCGCGCACGAUCGAGGACGCCAUCGCCGUGCUCAGUGUGGCGGAGGAGGCCGGGGACAGGCACCCGGAGCGCCGCAUGCGGGCUGCUUUCACCGCCUUUGAGGAGGAGCAACUGCCCCGGCUCAAGCAAGAGAACCCCAACAUGCGGCUGUCGCAGCUGAAGCAGCUACUCAAGAAGGAGUGGCUGCGCUCACCAGACAACCCCAUGAACCAGCGGGCCGUGCCCUUCAACGCCCCCAAGUGA